AUGUUCAGCAGGUCAAACCUCCCCAAACAGUUACAGGGGAACAAGGCGUCGGGCAGCACGCGGUGCCAGAAAUGCCUGAAGCUAGGCCACCACACAUACGAGUGCAAGAACCCGCGCCCGUACGUCCCGCGCCCGAGCCGCACAAAGCAGCUCGCAUCGGGCGCAAAGGCGCGCGACACGCCCUCGGUGGUCACGCCGGACGAGUUCAAGACGGGCUACGGCGUCGGCCUGGCCGACAAGAUCCUCAAGGCGAAGGAGGCCGAGCGGCAGGCGGCCACGCGCGGCCGGGGCGGCGGAUAUGGUGGGCGAGAUAGGAGUGCCAGCCCGCGGCGCAGACGCGACUCGACGUCGAGCUCUGAUUCCGACUCGUCGGCGUCCCGCAGCCCGCCGCCCCGCAACCGCAGGCGAUACUCGUCCUCGCCUGACUCCGACCGCGGGCGCAGCCGACACCGCGAGAGCAGCCAGAUCCGCACCGCGUCUCCGUCGCGCACGCGCUCGCCCAGCCCCGGGAGUCGGCGGGAACGUAUCGAGCGCGAGGGCGCCACGCCGAAGCGGUACGACUCGUCCCCCGAGCCGAGGGGACGACGGAGCCCGUCUGACAGCCGGAGUCUUAGCCCACGACGGACGCCUUAG